GAAAAAUCGCUUUAUGAAUAUAAAACAGAAGUGACACAAAAAGCGGUGCAAGAACGAGCACCUGAGCAAGAGGUGAAGAUGGAUAAAUCAGAGAUGUUCGGCUUCUCUCUGGAGACAGACGACAGGACGGAGGAGGAGAAAUCACGUCAUAAAGCUGCAAAAAAGGAUGGUCUAGUCUGUGCUUUGGGUUUGGGGCAGGAGGCGCCCAAAGCUCCCAUGGACACUGACUACCAGGAGGAAAUGGAGGACAGCAAGCCUCAAAUCAGAUUCAAUCUCAAUUUUGACAAAGGAAUUCGAGGUGAGAAGCAGCAUGAUAAGAAGAGAGACAGCAAGACAUUUAACAUCGAUACGUUGUUUGAAGCAGUGGCCAACAGGGAUGUCAAAAAGCUGGACGGCCUGCACCAGUAUCUACAACAAAACAUGAAGAAACUGUCUGACUCCUUGUACCAGUCCUACGGUAAGACCGCCCUGAUGAAGGCUUUGCUGCACCUCAGAGACGGCAAGAACGAGACGGUGGAAUUAUUAAUCGACAUCUCAGAGAAGAUGGGCGACAUUAAAGAGUUUGUGAAUGCAGCUUACACAAACGGCUACUAUGAAGGCCAGACUGCUCUCCACAUAGCCAUCGAGAGGAGAAGUAUUCCCUAUGUCAGCCUUCUGGUCAGUAAAGGAGCAGACGUCCACGCCAAAGCAUGCGGGAAAUUCUUCCAGCCACAUGACGGCCCCAACUUCUACUUUGGUGAGUUACCUCUGUCCCUGGCAGCCUGCACCAACCAGCCUGACAUGGUGGACUUCCUGAUGAAGAACGAGUACCAGCAAGCGGACGUACAGCUGGCAGACUCUCAUGGCAAUACAGUGCUGCACGCUCUGGUGGUGGUGGCCGACAACACCACGGAGAAUACAGAAUUCAUCACCAACAUGUACGACCGCAUCCUCAAGACCACCGCCCAACUGCAUCCGAAGCUGAAGCUGGAGGACAUCGAGAACCACAAUGGGCUGACGCCUCUCAAGCUGGCUGCUAAGACUGGCAAGAGCGGGCUUUUUUCGCACAUCCUGCAACGGGAGUUUCAUGAGUGCGACACCAAACAUUUGUCCCGUAAAUUCACAGAGUGGGUCUACGGGCCAGUCCACUGCUCCCUGUACGACCUGGCCUCUGUGGAUUCGUACGAGGACAACUCAGUCUUGGAGAUCCUGAUCAACAGCAGUGACAUUCCUAACCGUCAUGAGAUGCUGCAGACGGAGCCUCUGAGCCGACUGCUGGAGGCAAAGUGGAAGAUGUUUGCAGGUCGAAUUUUUUUCUUCAAUUUCCUGGUCUACCUCCUGUAUCUGAUCAUCUUCACUCUGGUGGCCUACAAUAAGAAAGGAGGACAGCCACCAUUUCCCCUCAAGUACGACCGGAUGGACUACCUGUAUGUUUUGGGUCAGCUACUGACAGCGCUGGCAAACUGCUUUUUCUUUGUUAUGGGGAUAAUAGACAUGAAGAGGAAACGCCCAAAGAUGCAGACGUUGCUGAUUGACGGAUAUUAUGAGAUUCUUUUUUUUGUGCAGGCUGUCCUCUUCCUGAUCUCAGCUGGACUGUAUCUGGGUGGGCAUCAGCAGUACCUCGGCUUCCUGGUGCUGUGUCUCGCUCUCAGCUGGGUGAAUCUGCUCUACUUCUCCAGGGGCAACAGACAUAUGGGCAUCUACAGCGUCAUGAUACAGAAGAUGAUCCUCAGCGAUAUCCUGCGCUUUCUUUUUGUCUACAUUGUUUUCCUCUUUGGAUUUUCAGCAGCGGUGGUCACCCUGCUGACCUGCCCUGCAAAAAGGGGGCGCUUCUUAAGUACCGUCAGCCCUGAUAAGAACUGUGUAAACGCCGACUUCAGAACCAUCUCCAACACUACGCUGCAGCUCUUCAAGUUCACCAUCGGCAUGGGCGACAUGGAGUUCACAGAGGACUACCAGUACACAGAGGUUUUCUAUAUUCUCCUCAUCGGCUACAUCAUACUUACCUACAUCCUACUGCUCAACAUGCUCAUCGCCCUCAUGAACCGCACUGUGGAGAAGAUCACCAUGGAGAGUACCAGCAUCUGGAAGCUGCAGAGGGCCAUCACUAUCCUGGACGUGGAGAAAAGGCUGUCUCGCUGUAUGAGGGAGAGACUUCGCUGUGGGGUGGAGAAAAACCUGGGCACUGCUGCUGGAGGAGACCAUCGCCGGUGCUUCAGAGUGGAGGAAGUCAACUGGAACAAAUGGAACAUCAACCUGGGCAAAAUCAAUGAGGAUCCUGGGUGCGGGGAUGGUGUCCAACAGCCUGCCUCCGACACCCCGCCGCACAGGAGAAACUUAGGGAGGAGCUGGAGAGGUUUAUUCACGGAGGGCAAUUGGCGACGGCAGACACACCAGUCCACAGAGAUGAGGCCUCUGAGCACCACACCAGUGUAAAGAGCUUCACAACAAAGAGCUUCACUCUGGCUGCUCAACUUGACUGACCUGAGCAAGAGGCAUUCAACCUAGAGACAGUAUUCAGUUUCAGGUCCCCAACAACUGAAGAUCUGACUACCAACUGUCACUCUGACUUGAAUUUAAAUCUUGAAGUCUUUGAGGCAUUUCAUUUCAUUUCAUUACCAUGAGCACUGAUGAAGAGCAUGUUUUAUUUGUUCAUUUGACUGACAUAAUGGUGUACAAAAGCGUAAUCUAUCAAUGCAGAAUGCAGCAACAGGUGCCGCUUAAAUGCCUGGGACAUAAUGGAUUUGAAAUACGUCAAACAUUUAAUCCAAAGGCUUCUGUAAAUGCCUUUUCUGUCACCACCUGAACAGGAUGUGCAUCCUCUGCACAAAGGCCAUAAACCUGCUGGCACCUCUGGCAGCCCUUAAAAAUCUUUCAUGGAGUAAUACUGAUCAUGAAGGUGCUGAUCCUGCCCUCCUGCUGGGUGCCCUUUAUCCAAGUCCCAUUUUCAUCACAGCCAGACAAGCUAAAUCUACUGCAGCCAGAUAGUCCUGGGGAUUUCACAGCUUGCUUUGUCUACUCUACUUCCUGUUUCUAUUUGGUAGAGGUUGUCCUGGAUAAAUGGCAUGAAAGCACAGUAAUUGGUGCAACAAUCACCACGUUCAGCACCAGCUGUUGCAGUUACAAAUCAUAUGUUGAGACAGGCCUUUUGAACUGUGCAGCCAGUUGUGAGACUGGCUGUGUAAGAAACAAAUGUGUGAACAGUAAGAUACUUGAACUAACUGUCACAAAGGA